GUUGGCAUGUCUUUGACCGCAACAUACUGACCAGUUACCCAGGGCCGCAUGCCGCCCCGCAGCGCAUCGUUCAACACGACCGACCAUACUCAGGGUCUCACACCACCCCGUAGCGCAUCUUUUACCAUGCUCGACCAGCUUGGUAAAAAAGGGGAAGCGACAAUGAUGGCGAUUCCACGAGAUGUACGCAUCAAGUAUCCCAUUCGACCGGCUGCCAAUGCGGCAGAAGGUGUUCUCAAGACUGCUGUCAUGGGAGAUGACGGGGCGGAUGAGCGAACGAGAAGCUUCCAAAUAAAGGCAAAACUCCUUGCGGCCCUUACAGUCCUCAUCAUAUACGUCAUGUUCUGGUCUCGCCUUGCAUUGGCCAUCCCUCUUCCACCGUCCCAAAUCCUAUCACUGUUCCUUCCAGUCCUAUUGGGUGGUUUGGUCCGACCAUUGACACCUUACCCACUGCUUGCCAUGCUGCUAACGGGUCUAGUUCUCCGCAACCUCCUUCCUAAUUGGGUUGGAAACCCACCACAUCAAAUCGCAAAAGCAUUCUUUUCUUUUGCUCUAUCAACGGUAGUUUCAAGAGCUGGAUUGGCAAUUUCAUUAUCGACAUUUAUCUCUCAUGUACGUGCCACGCUGGCUGUCGGAGUUCUACCUGUGAUUGUCGAAGCAGGAUGGUUGAGCAUACUUUCACAUGGAGUGUUUGGUUUACCCUGGGAAUGGGCUUUCAUACUUGGGACGGGCGUCGCUAGUGUGAGCCCUGGUGUCGUUGUUCCCCUGCUGUUGGGUCUUGUAGACGGGGGUGAUGCUCGAUGGAAAUCAAAUAGGACUGUCAGGAUUCUGUUGGCGGCGACUGGAGUGGAUGUUUUAAUUGCGACAACCGCAUUUGGAGUUGCUGUUGCGGUUGUGGAAGGUGUGCUAGAGGGGCGUGGCAUUGGGCGAUGGUGGGUCGUGAGAGGGCUCUUGGAGGUGGGAAUGGGCGUGAGCGUGGGAGCAAUUUUGGGCGUAUUGGCCUGGUCACUCAAAAAGUGGAUCGGAAGGGACGUGAUCCUGUUUUGCCUUUCUACAGCUUGGAUGAUGGGAGCCAAGGCCUGGCGGUUUCCGGGGGCUGCUACGUGUGGGACCAUCUGCGCUUGGGCCGUCGCUGGCAACGUAUGGAGCAAGGGGGAUGUGGAAAGGGCUGACAAACGGUUAAAAACAGUCUGGUAUUGCGCAGAACCAUUUCUCUUUCCUGUCAUUGGUGCAUCCAUUUCUCUCGCCUCGUUCGAUACGCCCACACUUGUCCUGUCUCUCACCUGUGUGGCAUGCUCCAUAUGCAUCAAACUCUCGACAGCAUAUGUAGCAGCACGGUGGGGCGGACUGGAUAAAGAUGAAGCAACGUUCUUGUCUGGGGUGUGGACGGGAAAGGCUAGCGUACAGGCGGCAUUGAGUAGCACACCGCUGACACUGAUUCAAACCUACCACCUCGAAUCUGAACCAGACUUUGCCUAUGCUCACAUUGUGUUUGCGGGUAUGGUCAGUGCGAUCCUAAUUGGCGCUCCCAUAGCGUCUGGGUGGGUCGCCAUGUAUCGGAAUAACGAGGGAAAACAAAAAGAGAUGGCUCAUGCUACGGUGAUUGGCGAUGAAGUCGUGUGAUAUAGAAUGAGACGGUUGUGAGCUAGUUCUUGGGUGCAAAAUAAAAUGAGAUCGCUUCAUAGAGAAUGUGAAGCGCAAAGUAUCUAGAGCGCAAUCAAAUAGACUGG